GUAAUGAACAAGUAGUACAUUAUUUUCAUUCUCCAAUAAGAGGGUGGGGACAUUGUGGUUGAGUGUGAUCCCACAUGUGACAAUCUUCAAUCUCACUCUCUUUCCCCAUUACCCAUCUCUGAUGCAUGUGCUCUACCUCAUCAUUUCCUGCUGGCUUACUUACUACCUUCCCCUAAACAAAACACACUGCCAAUAUUCACAGAUCUGUUCAUGAUCCCAAUUCACAUGUUCCACUACAACAAUACUCAUUCUCUUUAAUCCCAAUUUCCACCCAUUCCAUUCUUCACAUCUAUUGUUUGCAGGCACUAUGGAUCCCUUCACCCCUCUUGAAUAUGCUCUGUUUCAACUUACUCCUACCAGAACAAGAUGUGAUCUUUUGCUAUGCUAUGGGAAAAACAAAGAGAAAUUAGCAUCUGGAUUAGUGGAGCCUUUCAUAUCUCACUUGAAAUUGUUUAAAGAUCAAAUCUCGAAAGGGGGUUACUCGAUCACUCUUCGUCCACCAACCACUAAUGCUUUUUGGUUCACCAAAUCCACUUUUCAAAGGCUUGUGCGCUUCAUAAACUCGCCUGAAGUUCUUGAGAGGUUUAUAAGAUUAGAACGAGAAAUUUCGCAAAUUGAGAACUCUAAUCAUAACAAUGACAAUGAAGACCAAGCUGGCGAAGUUGGAAGUUUAUCGUCUGAUGGAAGCACUAAGAAGUCUACCGAUCCCUCCAAGAUCAAAGCUGGAGAAGCUGGUGAUAAUGCACAAGAAGAAAAUUCCAAGAUUCAACUUCAACGACUAUUGGAGACACGAAAAGCGAUGCUUCGGAAAGAACAAGCAAUGGCUUAUCAUCGUGCGCUUGUGGCUGGAUUUGAGACAGAAAACAUGAACGAUCUCAUAUUGUUUGCUGAUCAUUUUGGAGCAUCACGUUUAAGGGAAGCAUGCAUAGAAUUCAGAGAUUUAUGCAAAAAGAAGCACAAUGAUGGUCUAUGGAUGGAUGAGUUAGCGGCAAUGGCUGCGUAUCCCCCUUCAGAACUAGCGUACACCGGUACCUCGGGAAUACUAAUUGCAACCGAAAGUAACGCUUCAACGUUAAAUAAUGAGCUCAGCUUCGAGCACGAAGGUGACAAAAGCACUGAUCAGGUACCAUCGACUCCUUCAAAUGUCCCGAUGCAGAUGCCAUGGCCAAACCAGAUGCCGUAUAUGUACAAUUAUCCGGGCCCACAAGGUCCACGUUACCCGUAUCCAUACCCUGGUAUGCCGCCAUAUUAUCCGGCUCAUAUGAACUGGCCCGUAAACGCUGACGACUCUAGCCAUGGCCGACAUCAUAGAUCAUCUUCGAAAAAGAAGUCGAAAUCUCUAUUACCUGAAUCCUCCGACGAAGAAGAUGAGGAUAGCGAUGAAGACGGUGAGUCUGAUUCGGUUAGUGAUUCAGGUACCGUGUCGAAGCAUGAAAAGUCAAGUAAAAAGAACAAAAAGAAGUCUUCGAAAACGGUUGUUAUCCGAAACAUUAAUUAUAUUACUUCCAAUAGGAAGAAUUCUGAUGGAGGUAGUGAUGAUUCGGCCGAAGAUGAAGUUGACGGUGUUCUUGAAACGUUGGCGAAACACCAUAGCAAGUCGUCGAAAUCACACGAGAAGAAGAAAAAAGAUGCGGAUUUAGAUACUGAUUCGGGAAAACGAAAUGAGAAUUGGGAUGCGUUCCAAAAUCUGCUCUUGAAAGAUGAUGAUCAAGAUGAGCAUUUCGCAAACCGAAAUGAUGCGAUGGAUGUCGGUGCGGAAAGUUAUGUGAAAAAUCAUCCGAAAGCGAGAGCCAAAGCCAACGACUCUUUUGUGGUUCCUGAUAGAAACGGAUUCGAUGAAUCGAGAAAAGUCGGCUCUCAUGAUUUUGAAAACGGUGAGACUUUUAGGAUGAAGGGUAGAGAUUCUUCGGAUGCUGAUCUGGUAGUUUCGCACAGAUUCGGUGACGGAACCAAUGGAACGACGGGUUUACGGGAUCUUGGAUCCGAAUCGUCGAUGAUUAGAAACAAAAGGGACGGAGAUUGGUUUGUGGUCAAGAAUUCCGAGAGUCCGAUCGAAAAGUCAACAUUUAAUGAUGACUAUGCUUCAAUGAGAGGCGACGUUUUUUCAUCUGAAACAAACAAAAAGACUGAACUCAUAGAUGAUUCUUUCAUGGUACAACCCCAAACAACGGUUGCAUAUGAUUCACAAUGGCGGUCAACCGACGUUAGCAUGGUCGAGAGCAUUAACAAGCCCGAUGCCAAUGAGUCUAGCCAGGCAGCGAAAACCGGAUCUUAUGAGCCAGAUGACCUCUAUUUGAUGGUCUCACGGGAUUCUGGGGUCGAGCCAUCGGUUAGGUCCUCGUGGACCCCGGAAAUAGACUAUGGGACCGAGGCUCAGUUCACAAAGUCUGAACCCAAGCCGGCUCCUAUUGAGACGAAAGAUCAAACCGAAGAGUCUCCGGUCAAAGCUAAAGCGAAGAAGGUGACAAAGCCUCGACCUUUGUCGAGAUCUCUCCCGACGGACAAGAGGACACCUUUCGUGAGUCGGUCAGUGGUUCCCAAGAGCAAAAGAGAACAGGAAGAUGAGAUUCGAAAGAGGGUGGAAGAACUAGCGGCCGAACGACAAAGGAGAAUCGCCGAAAGAACCGCAGCGAGUGCUUCUACGAAGAAGCCUGUUAUCCAAAAGGGCAGUUCUGGUACACCUAAGAAAACUACUACAAAGGCGACCGGCAAGUAAACUGCUGGUAAAAAGUUUGAACAUAAAGGAGAAUUCACACACAUCCUAGCGGCACGAAGACGAUUGUUAUUAUGGAGUUGUUGAUUUGUGUUGGUAGUUGUGAGUUGGUGUAUAAUACUGGGUGGUUUCUGUUAAAUACAAUGAUGAUACAGGUAUUUAUAAGUUUUUUGAAUAAUUUUUGUGUAUGUAUAAUGCAUUUUUAUGUUAAUUUGUAAUAAACAUGGUGGUUGUUGUGGCACAUUAUGAAAUUAUUUUGUGUUUUUAAGAUUA